AUGCAAACCAACCGCCUUUGCUACGGUCUUGGUAGCUCCGAAGGGACCACAUCUAUCUACGAUUUGCCUCCCGAAUUGCUCCUCAUCAUAUUCGACCAUCUUUACCGCGACUCGAGAAGUGGCGACAACCAGGACUGUUUCAGUAUAACGACGAACUCGCAACCGCCUAGCUUCUGGUUUCCCUAUGCUUUGGCGGCUGUUUGCGACGAAUGGCGAGCCUUACUAGCACUGAACUCGGGAUACUGGACGCGUAUCUGCGUCUGCAUUGACGAACCUUCUUGGGAUAUUUCUACGCUGGCCGAAGAAAUCCAAUGGUCCAAGGAAUUGCCGAUAGAUCUGAGCGUGGUAGCUUCGCGCAAUGUAAACGCCGUCAUCUCACCCGACGUGGAAUCUGCGAGAGUGGUUUCGAUCAUGAGGAUUCUACCUUCUUUUGCUCAUCGCUGCACCGCAUUGCGGUUUGAUCUCCGGGCGUUGCCGGUGCUCCCACUCCUUUCUGGUACUGCAGCGCCGUCAGUGAAGACCCUCGAGCUUGGUUGUCAAGCUUCUCGAAUGGGGAACCUCGACCCCUCUAUCAUGAUCCCUUUUUCAUGCCCAAAACUCGAAACCUUGAUACUUGGUGGUCCUAAUGUUAUAAUUGCCUGCCGUUCCGGGUGGCUUGCCUCGCUCAUGGCAACAAAUUGGACCCUGUACAACUAUUCACCACCUAACAAUGAACGCGAAGCUAUAGAAGAAGCUGACACGAUUCUCCACGCCCUUUCUACCAUCCGCGAGGAUUCGUCGCUGACCAUACGUGAAAUGAACUUGGACUGCUCCGCCUCGACCAAUACACCAUAUUCCAUACACGUGGAGACUCUGAUUCUCGAGGAUCUGUCUGCACAAACUGUGGCCUGCUUACUCCGUAACAUCGACUUUAGCGGCGGCGGUAUAGAAUCUAUACGUUUAUCACGAUGCGGCCUUCCGGAACUAGCAUCGCUUUCGUCCUGCUCCCUGACUCUGCAGGAAAUGCCCGAAGAUCAGGAUAUUUCCGAAUUCCUGAGGUGCUGGAACGGCAGUCACGUAGCGGUGGUGGCGUGCCCUGGGUUCACGGAUACAUCCAUCAAAAUGCUAUCCCAGCCAUUCUUUUACUCGCUGGUUUCCAUCUUCGAGGUCAUAGAAUGCUUCAAUGUGUCGGUUGACGCUGUCAAAUGCUUUGUGAAAGCGUGGAGCGAUGCACAGUACCAAGACCCGGCUCUUGACUACGAAGAAGAGGAAACGAAGACGCUGGUAUUAUCGCGGGCCGAGACUGAUACCAAGGCCGGAAUCGACGCUGUAUGGUUUGACGGGAUACCCUUAAUUUAUCAUAUCCAGUAA